CAGAGAUUUCGCUCUCCGUGUCUGGAUGCACAUCAUGAAGCCUUCAUUCUUCGAUCGACAUGGACCAUCGGGAACUUAUACGCCUCGAAUUUAAAUUUAGGGCAAAGUUAUAUUAAACAAGUCAAAGAUCUUGAGCGGCAAAGAAAAGUAUGGUUGUCAAGGAAAGAAAAAGAACAGGACACGAUGCUAAGGAGAUGGGAAGCCCUUAAAAAGCAAACAAAACAUAGUUACCACUCGAACAGCUUGUCUGAAGUAAAAGACAGCAAUUUUGAGCACAAAUGGCAAAGUCAGAGUGCUCGAAGGUUUCGACAGAGAGCUGCAACAGUGGCAACAAGCUCCGAAGUCAGAAGUUUAGAGAGCAUUGACGUAUUCGCUGAAAAUUGUAGGUCAACAUCACAACCGGAAGGUUCUGCGUUUGUAGUUACUCGCGCAGUAAAGGGAAAUUCAGACCAGUUUGGAUUUCAAAUUAAUGAAGAACUUCCUCGUUUUCGGAGCAAGUCAUUGAACGCUCGUUUUGUAGAAUGCGCUUUUGCUUCAAAUUCUCAUUCAGACCGCCCGUUGCUGAGAAGAAGUAUGACUAGUUUUCAUCAAUCUGGUGUAAAAUCUCUGCGAAAUUUUACCACAGAGUUCGACAGAGAUCUAGCAGCGAACAACAGUCUUCUACCAAAAUGGUUACCGUCGAAUUUACGCUCAAAAAAUAUUCGCGGAAAGAGUUUUAUUUUGUAA